AUGGCAGUGCAAAGGCACACAGCAGCAUCAACAUCAGCAAGACCCGCAAUGAGGCUACAACAAGGUGUUUUUUGUGGGGUCCCCACAACAACGUGCACCAAGUCAUUCAACAAAUCUCCACAUACCCUUAGCUUAAGGGUGUCUUUAGGGCAAGCUUUAGGAGGGCUUGGGCUUGGGGUUAAGGGAGGAGGAAGUUUUGGGGUUGGGGUUGGAGUUAGAGGAGGUUGUUUUGGAUAUGGAGUUGGAGUUGGGGGAGGUUGUUUUGGGUAUGGAGUUGGAGUUGGAGGAGGUUGUUUUGGGGUUGGGGUUGGAGUUGGAGGAGGUUGUUUAGGGGUUGGAGUUGGGGGAGGCUGUUUAGGGGUUGGGGUUGGAGGAGGUUGUUUUGGGGUUGGGGUUGGGGGAGGUUGCUUUGGGGUUGGAGUUGGAGUUGGGGGAGGUUGUUUUGGGGUUGGGGUUGGAAUUGGGGGAGGUUGUUUAGGGGUUGGAGUUGGGGGAGGUUGUUUUGGGGUUGGUGUUGGAGUCGGGGGAGGUUCUUUUGGAGUUGGGGGAGGGUAUUUUGGGGUUAGGGGAGGUGGUCUUGGGGUUGGAGUUGGGGGAGGUUGUUUUGGGGUUGGUGUUGGAGUUAGGGGAGGUUCUUUUGGAGUUGGGGGAGGGUAUUUUGGGGUUAGGGGAGGUGGUCUUGGGGUUGGAGUUGGGGGAGGUUGUUUUGGGGUUGGGAUCGGAGUUAGCGGAGGUUGUUUAGGGGUUGGGGUUGGGGGAGGUUGUUCUGGGGUUGGUGUUGGAGUUAGGGGAGGUGGUUUAGGGGUUGGGGUUGGGGUCGGAGUUGGGGGAGGGUAUUUUGGGGUUGGGGGAGGUUGUUCUGGGGUUGGUGUUGGAGUUGGGGGAGGUUGUUUAGGGGUUGGGGUUGGGGUCGGAGUUGGGGGAGGGUAUUUUGGGGUUGGGGGAGGUUGUUUUGGGAUUGGUGUUGGAGUUGGGGGAGGUUGUUUUGGGAUUGGUGUUGGGGUUGGGGGAGGUUGUUUAGGGGUUGGAGUUAGGGGAGGUUGUUUUGGGGUUGGGGUCGGAGUUGGGGGAGGGUAUUGUGGGGUUGGGGGAGAUGGUUUUGGGGUUGGAGUUGGGGGAGGUUGUUUUGGGGUUGGGAUCGGAGUUGGUGGAGGUUGUUUAGGGGUCGGGGUUGGUGUUGGAGUUGGGGGAGGUUGUUUAGGGGUUGGGGUUGGGGUCGGAGUUGGGGGAGGGUAUUUUGGGGUUGGGGGAGGUUGUUCUGGUGUUGGUGUUGGAGUUGGGGGAGGUUGUUUUGGGAUUGGUGUUGGGGGAGGUUGUUUAGGGGUUGGAGUUGGGGGAGGUUGUUUAGGGGUUGGGGUCGGAGUUGGGGGAGGUUGUUUUGGAGUUGGGGGAGGGUAUUUUGGGGUUGGGGGAGGUGGUUUUUGGGUUGGAGUUGGGGGAGGUUGUUUUGGGGUUGGGAUCGGAGUUGGUGGAGGUUGUUUAGGGGUUGGGGUUGGGGGAGGUUGUUCUGGGGUUGGUGUUGGAGUUGGGGGAGGUUGUAUUGGGGUUGGGGUUGGGGGAGGGUAUUUUGGGGUUGGGGGAGGUUGUUCUGGGGUUGGUGUUGGAGUUGGGGGAGGUUGUUUAGGGGUUGGAGUUGGGGGAGGUUGUUUUGGGGUUGGGGUCGGAGUUGGGAUCGGAGUGGGUGGAGGUUGUUUAGGGGUUGGGGUUGGGGGAGGUUGUUCUGGGGUUGGUGUUGGAGUUGGGGGAGGUUGUAUUGGGGUUGGGGUUGGCGUCGGAGUUGGGGGAGGGUAUUUUGGGGUUGGGGGAGGUUGUUCUGGGGUUGGUGUUGGAGUUGGGGGAGGUUGUUUUGGGGUUGGUGUUGGGGUUGGGGUUGGGGGAGGUUGUUUAGGAGUUGGACUUGGGGGAGGUUGUUUUGGGGUUGGGAUCGGAGUUGGCGGAGGUUGUUUAGGGGUUGGGGUUGGGGGAGGUUGUUCUGGGGUUGGUGUUGGAGUUGGGGGAGGUUGUAUUGGGGUUGGUGUUGGGGUUGGGGGAGGUUGUUUAGGUGUCGGCGUUGGGGUUGAGGGAGGAGGGUGUUUGGGGGUUGGGGUGUAG